AUGGAGAGACUCUGUGUUCUGACUUCCUGUUUGUUGCUGACAGUCGGAGCGUCGACGGCCGGGACAGGUAAGAGCUGCAACACCUGUCCCCACAAAUCAAUAAUCAAUAAUACAACAAUACACAGCUGUGGUAUAUUUACAUACAUAUACAGAGGUGACACCAUGAAGUCGACACACACACCUGAUUGGUUCAUCCUUAGAUUUAGUCACUAUAACAACAGGAAGUAACAACAGGAAGUCCUCAGAGAAAGAAAACAGACGACAAAUCAGGGAUGAGAGGAGAGAGAGAGAAAAACAACUACAUGUGACUGACAGAAGUACAGAUUAAAGUACUCUGACAGAAGUACACAUUAAAGUACUCUGACAGAAGUACACAUUAAAGUACUCUGACAUAAGGACAUAAUAGUAUAUUUUGACAAAAGUACAUAUUAGUAUUUCAGUUAAAGACACAGUCAGUGACUCUCUAUCUGUUCUCAGCAGGUUUUUUUUCCUUAUUUCCUUAUUGAUAAAUUUUAUGAUGGUUUGAACAGGAACUCUUUACUUUAUUAUUAUUAUUAUAAUUUUAUCAUCAGUUAAUUAUUAAUUAAGAAUCGGUUCCUGUCAGGAGUCCUCAGAGGGAUCGUUUUAAUCAUUUUAACCACUUUAAGGACAUUACUGAGGGAUAAAGUCAGACGUUCACUUUAGUUUACUCUCCUCAGACUUUAGUUAAUAGUUUAUUUUUGCUGCUCAAAGUUUUAUUUCUGAAUGAGAUGAGAACUGUUUCAAAACUCACAAACACCUCCACUAACACUAACAACACGUCCAGGACAGGAUCAGUUAAAACCACAGGGGGGCGCCAGAGCAAACGUAAAGCAGGCCUGGUUGACCUUUGACCUCCGUGUGUUUGUGUCUCAGACGCUGUGAAGCCCAUCCAGCGUCCGCUGCCUCAGUGGCUCACCGGACUCAUCGCCGUGGCCGGAUUCCUCUUCCUCACCUUCGUGGUCGUCCUGGUGAAGAAGGCGUGGUGCGACAAACCUGACAGGUCAGAAGGGGGCGGAGCUUCAUUUCAUUUUUUAAAAUUCUCUUCAGAUUUUUUUCACCCACCAUGGUAAACCAAAACGUUAAUUUCAGACGAAGAAGUUUGAUGGAAAACAGGAGGAGUCCCACCUCUGAAAUAUGAGCUUUUAUAAAAAACAGACCCUGUAUACAUAUAUACACAUAUAUAUAUAUAUAUAUACAUGUAUAUAUACAUGUAUAUAUAUAUAUAUAUAUAUAUAUAUAUAUAUAUAUAUAUAUAUAUAUAUAUAUAUAUAUAUAUAUAUAUAUAUAUAUAUAUAUAUAUAUAUAUAUAUAUACACAUAUAUAUAUAUAUAUAUAUAUGUAUAUAUAUAUAUAUAUAUAUAUAUAUAUAUAUUUUUUUUUUAUGUAUGUUGUUUCAGUCAGACCGAGUCUCUCUGGUUUUAAAAUGAGACUUGAUUUUAACCAGUCCUCCUCCUCUUUUUUAUUUUAUCUGACAAAGUGCUGAUGGAGCGUUUCAGCACAGACUCAUCAAACCGGGUUCAUGUCGGCGUUUUCUUCGUUUCCUGCAGAAACUCGUUCAUCUAAUUUAAACAAAUGAGAAAGUGUUAAUUUACCGUCUGUGCAGGAGGGAGAGUUCGGCUGAGGGGGCGAGAGGAAACGACACGGUGAUGACUGAAGAAAACUCCUAUGAGACCACUCUGGACCUGAGCAGGUACCACAGACCUCUGGAUCAGAAUCAGAACUUUUUAUAUUGAUGGUUCCAGUCUGACACUGGUGUGUGGAAAAACAAACAUGAAGUGAAGGAGAGUAGAAAGGCUUCGUAUUUGUCUCCAUCUCUGUUCUCCUUCCAUGAGUCUCGGUUUGUUCUUCCCCGUGAUCGUCCUUCAGCGCCAUCCCUGACCCGAUCUCUCAGUGACAGGGUCUGAAUGGGGUCUGAACGGGGUCUGAACGGGGUCUGAACGGGGUCUGAACCCAGCUCUCCUCAUGUGGUUUUCCUCUGACUCUUUCUGCAGGAGAAACGCCUCCAAGGAUUCAGAGAGAGACCAGACCUAUGAGACCACUCUGGACCUGGUCAGGUACGAACUACAGAUCUGAGUUUAGACCUCACAGAGAUUCAGGACUCUGAAUUUUAUCGAUCAGAGAAACUGAACAGAAAACAAACAAACAAACACAUUUUCAGAUUUUUCUUUCUGUUAAAAAUAUGAACUAAAAGAAUAAAUAAAAACAGUGACGCUUGUUUUUCUGAUAUUCUGUCCUGAAACUGAUGAUUGAAGUCUUUUUAUUGAAACGAUAUCUCAGCGUCUCUGAACAUUUGCUGUUUUUGUCUGUUAGGAACAAGGAUGAAGUGAACGCUCACUAUAACCAGGGCUUUGACAUCUCUGAAGAGAAGGUGACCUCCAUGUGA